CCACACAUCUUUCACCCCUCUCCCCCAUUCUUUCAACAUCAAAUAAAACCCUUUCCCUCUCCCUCUCUCUGUCUCUCUCUUUCUCUCUCUCUAAACCAAAAAAAAAAAGAAAAAAGAAAAGAGAGAAGCCCAUAAAACCUCUUCUAGUCUUCAGACUUUCCAGAAACUUAUGAGAAGCCCAUAAUACCUCUUCUAGUCUUCAGACCUUCCAGAAACUUAUACAUACUUUAGCUCUUGGAGAGCUCAACAAAAACCCAUCUCUCUCUCUUUCAUAAACAUGGACAACAAUAUUAACACUUCUCUCUCAUCAACACCACAAAAACCCCAUUACAUCCCCGAAUUCUACAACCACUACUACCCCCACAACCCUCAAGAACAACAACAACAACAACAACAACCCUCCCCCAUGUCCACCUCUACGUACUCUUUCAACCUAAACCAAGACGAAAACGACAACACCGACGAAACCGACCAAACCUACGAACGACAACAACAACAACAGCAAGAAGAAAACGACGUCAUCGACGACGAUAAGGAGCCGAUGUUCGAGAAGCCGUUGACUCCAAGCGAUGUCGGGAAGCUCAACCGCCUCGUGAUUCCCAAACAGCACGCCGAGAAGUACUUCCCACUCGGCGGCGGCGGCGGCGACUCGGGGCUGCUACUGAGUUUCGAGGACGAGUCGGGGAAGUUCUGGCGGUUCCGCUACUCCUACUGGAACAGCAGUCAAAGCUACGUGUUGACCAAGGGUUGGAGCCGUUACGUCAAGGAGAAGAGGCUCGACGCCGGCGACGUCGUUUUGUUCGAACGACAUAGGAGGGACGGAGAUAGGCUGUUUAUCGGGUGGAGGCGCCGCUCGGACUCGGCGCAGGAUUGCGGCGGAGGAGGACAGGUGGCGGCGCAGGUUAGUGGUGGUAGUAGUAAUAGGGGGUUUUAUUCUGCGCCGCAUCCUUAUCCUGCGCCGCAUCAUCACCAUUAUCAACACCAUCAUCAUCAUCACCAUAUUCCUGCUACGCCAUACCAACCUGACUAUAUUCAUGCGGGAAUAUCUUCUCCUGCUGAGAAUAACCAAACGACGACGGUUGUGAACAACAACAACAGCAACAGCAGUAACUCAUCAAAGAUUCUGAGGCUUUUUGGGGUGAACUUGGAGUGCCAAUUAGCUGACCAUGAGUCCAACCCGUCGACACCGGACGGCUCGUCUUUGUCGAGCCAUGGUCCGCCACCACCACCCCACCACAACUUCUACCCUCAUGCUUAUCAUUCAGAAUAUCAUCACAUGCAGGAUUUCACUUUAUCCCGAGAUGUCAAACCCAUGAGAAAUCGCCGAGGAUAGAGAUCUGUGGAUGUGACGUCCUUGGAUUGACUAAUACUUUUACAAGCCCACUUGGAAUUCCCCCAACAAAAUAAAUGUACAUCUGAAAGAAAGAAAGAAAAAAAU